GAGCCGCCCCGGGGGAGGGACUGGGAGCUGCCCCGGAGUCCAGGGCGAGCGGCGGAGCUGGCUGGGCCCCGCGCGCGGCGGGGAGGGAGCCUCUGCCACCGCCGCGGCCGCCGCGUGCUCGGCCUGUCCCCGCCCAGGGAGCCGGAGCCUCCAACUAACUCCGCCCGUCGCCCCGCUGCCCCGCCGCCCGCAGGCUCGGGCUUCCGUCCGGGACCGAGCCCGCGGCCGCGCAGGUUCUGAAUGAUGACUGACGCGGGUUCGUGCGAUAUCCCUCACGGUCGCUGUCAUUCCGGAGCGAUAGGGAGCCCGCACGUCUAGCCCCAGCAGCAGCGCCGACGAGCGGCUCCGGAGGGAGGGAAGCUUCCGCCUGCGGACCGGACAAAAGUACCGCCUUCCCACGGGUCUCUGCCUGCGGCUCGUGACCGCGACGCCUCGCCCGGUCCGGCUCGCCGCUCCCGCAGGCGGAUGGUGUGUGGCCGCCGCAGGACGCCCGCCGCGCCCGGGCCAUGAAGUAGCGGCCGCUGGCGGCGCCGCUGCCCGACCGCCGGCCCCAGCCCCGCGCAGCGCUGCCCGGUCCUCUCCCGGCGGGGCCGGAGCGGCGUGGACAUGGCUGGCCGCGCUCGCAGCCUGCUGCUUCUCCUCCUUGUGUUUCAGAGCAGCUGCUGGGGUUUCAGAAGCCCACUUUCUGUCUUUAAGAGGUUUAAAGAAACUACCAGAUCAUUUUCCAAUGACUGUCUUGGUACCACUAGACCAGUUAUUCCUAUUGAUUCAUCAGAUUUUGCAUUGGAUAUUCGCAUGCCUGGGGUUACACCUAAGCAGUCUGAUACCUACUUCUGCAUGUCAGUGCGUUUGCCAGUGGAUGAGGAAGCCUUCGUGAUUGACUUCAAACCUCAUGCCAGCAUGGAUACUGUCCAUCAUAUGUUACUUUUUGGAUGUAAUAUGCCUUCCUCCACCGGAAGUUACUGGUUUUGUGAUGAAGGAACUUGUACAGAUAAAGCCAAUAUUCUGUAUGCCUGGGCCAGAAAUGCUCCCCCUACAAGACUCCCCAAAGGUGUUGGUUUCAGAGUUGGAGGGGGGACUGGAAGUAAAUACUUUGUACUACAGGUACACUAUGGGGAUAUCAGUGCUUUUAGAGAUAAUCACAAAGACUGUUCUGGUGUGUCCUUACACCUCACACGUCUGCCACAGCCUUUAAUUGCUGGCAUGUACCUUAUGAUGUCCGUUGACACUGUUAUACCAGCAGGAGAGAAAGGUGAGUAUAUUGCCAAUGGUGAUUUCUAUUCACUACUUUCCAAGCUGCUAGGAGAAAGGGAAGAUGUUGUUCAUGUGCACAAAUAUAAUCCUACAGAAAAGGCAGAAUCAGAGCCAGACCUGGUAGCUGAGAUUGCAAACGUAGUCCAAAAAAAGGAUCUUGGUCAGUCUGAUGCCAAAGAGGGUGCAGAACGUGAGGAGAGGGGCAAUGGUAUUCUUGUCAGAGACAGAAUUCACAAAUUCCACAGACUAGAAUCUACUUUGAGGCCAGCAGAGAGCAGAGUUUUCUCAUUACAGCAGCCCCUACCUGGUGAAGGCAUCUGGGAACCAGAACACACAGGAGAUUUCCAUGUAGAAGAGGCACUGGAUUGGCCUGGAGUGUACUUGUUACCAGGCCAGGUUUCUGGGGUGGCUCUGGACCUUAAAAAUAACCUGGUGAUUUUCCACAGAGGUGACCAUGUCUGGGAUGGAAACUCUUUUGACAGCAAGUUUGUUUACCAGCAAAGAGGGAUUGGACCAAUUGAAGAAGACACUAUCCUUGUCAUAGAUCCAAAUACUGCUGCAGUAAUCCAGUCCAGUGGGAAAAACCUGUUUUACUUGCCACAUGGUUUGAGUGUAGAUAAAGAUGGAAAUUAUUGGGUCACAGAUGUGGCUCUCCAUCAGGUGUUCAAACUGGAUCCAAACAGUAAAGAAGGCCCUGCAUUGACCCUGGGAAGGAGCAUGCAACCAGGCAGUGACCAGAAUCACUUCUGUCAACCCACCGAUGUGGCUGUGGAUCCAGGCACUGGAACCAUCUAUGUAUCAGAUGGCUACUGCAACAGUCGGAUUAUGCAGUUUUCACCACAUGGAGAGUUCAUCACACAGUGGGGAGAAGAGUCUUCAGGGAGCAAUCCUAAACCAGGCCAGUUCAGCGUUCCUCACAGCUUGGCCCUCGUGCCUCAUUUGGACCAAUUAUGUGUGGCAGACAGGGAAAACGGUCGCAUCCAGUGUUUUAAAACUGACACCAAAGAAUUUGUGAGAGAGAUUAAGCAUUCAUCAUUUGGAAGAAAUGUAUUUGCAAUUUCGUAUAUACCAGGCUUGCUCUUUGCGGUGAAUGGGAAGCCUUACUUUGGGGACCGAGAACCUGUACAAGGAUUUGUGAUGAACUUUUCCAACGGGGAAAUUAUAGACAUCUUCAAGCCAGUGCGCAAGCACUUUGACAUGCCUCAUGAUAUCGUCGCAUCUGAAGAUGGGAGUGUAUACAUCGGAGAUGCUCACACCAACACAGUGUGGAAGUUCACCGUGACUGAAAAAAUGGAACAUCGAUCAGUUAAAAAGGCUGGCAUUGAGGUCCAGGAAAUCAAAGAAGCCGAGGCAGUUGUUGAAACCAAAAUGGAGAACAAACCCACCUCCUCAGAAUUGCAGAAGAUGCAAGAGAAACAGAAACUGAUCAAAGAGCCGGGCUUGGGAGUGCCCAUUGUUCUCAUUACAACCCUUCUGGUUAUUCCGGUGGUUGUCCUGCUGGCCAUUGCCAUAUUUAUUCGGUGGAAAAAAUCAAGGGCCUUUGGAGAUUCUGAACACAAACUGGAAGCAAGUUCAGGAAGAGUACUGGGAAGAUUUAGAGGAAAGGGAAGUGGAGGCCUAAACCUUGGAAAUUUCUUUGCGAGCCGUAAGGGCUACAGUCGAAAGGGGUUCGACCGCCUCAGCACGGAGGGGAGUGACCACGAGAAAGACGAGGAUGACGGAAGUGAAUCGGAAGAGGAAUAUUCAGCACCUCUGCCUGCACCUGCACCUUCCUCCUCCUGAAAACUAGGCUUUGCUUUAGAUUGAGUGAGAUUUACCAGGAAUGCCAGACUCCUUUCCCUUUAGCACGUUUAAAGUUCUGAGUAUUUAAUUGUAAACUUUACUGGUCUAUGUGGGACUGUACACGUUUUAUUUACCUUGUUUGGAUUAAGUUGGCUUCUGUUUCUAGUUGAGGAGUUUCCUAAAAGUUCCUGAGAGUGCCAUUGUCUUUAUAUGAACAUAGAAUAGAGAAACAGUCCUCUUCUUCCAUCCUAGUACUAAUCUAACUAUGGAAGGUUUGCUCAUUUACACUUUUGAGACUUUUCGUGGAUGUAAAUAACCCCAUUCUCUGCUCGAACACAGUAUUCUCCCGAUAGCACUUUCAUUGCCAGUGUCUUUCUUUGGUGCCUUUCCUGUUCAGCAUUCUCAGCCUGUGGCAGUAAAGAGAAACUUUGUGCUGCGUGACAACAAAGCUGCUAAAUCUCCUUCUAUUUUUUUAAAAUCACUAACAUUAUAUUGCAAUGAGGGAAAGAAAAAAGUCUCUAUUUAAAUUCUUUUUUAAAUUUUCUUCUUCAGUUGAUGUGUUUCUGGGAUGUCUUAUUUUUAGAUGGUUACACUGUUAGAACACUAUUUUCAGAAUCUGAAUGUAAUUUGUGUAAUAAAGUGUUUUCAGAGCAUUA